GCCUGGGCUCACAACGGGGCCUUUGUGCUGCCUGGAGCUGCCGCUGCUGACUCAGGGCUUUGUCCCGGCUACCGCAGAAGCCCUGUGACCCAUCGGAGGGGACCUGCCAGGAGGGGUGGCACCGAAGCUGCGAGGUGAGGGGCUCUGCAGAGCGCCGGUGGCUGCAGGAGCCCUCCCCAGCUCUGCGGGACCGGUGAGUGCCUCUGCGUUCUCUGCGGGGGGGUGAUCAGCAAAAGCUUCUAAUUAAACACAGACACCAUGAGCUCCCGGCACUUCCCGGCCCGCACGGUGCUCUUUGAGAAGGAGUCCAACGGCGUCACGUACCGGGUGCCCGCGCUGCUCUACCUGCCCUGCGUGGCCAAGCUGCUGGCCUUUGCUGAGGAGAGGCUCAGCGCUGACGAUGCCCACGCCAACCUCCUGGUGCUGCGCCGCGGCACCAUCUACGGGAGCUACGUGGAGUGGGAAGCCAUGCGGGUGCUGGAGACGGCGACGCUGCAGCACCACCGGUCGAUGAACCCCUGCCCGCUCUACGACGAGUUCACGGGCACCCUCUUCCUCUUCUUCAUCACCGUCUUGGGCAGAACGCCCGAAGCCUACCAGAUCGUCACCGGGCAAAAUGUCACCCGCCUCUGCUGCGUCACCAGCACCGACCAGGGCCUGAGCUGGAGCGCGGCCGCGGACCUGACGCAGCAGGUCAUCGGGGGGGCCAUCAAAGAUUGGGCGACGUUCGCCCUGGGCCCCGGGCACGGGAUCCAGCUGCGGUCCGGGCGGCUCCUGGUGCCCGCCUACAGCUACCACAUCGACUGCAAGGAGUGCUUCGGGCAGCUCUGCAAGACCACCCCCCACUCCUUCGCCUUCUACAGCGACGACCACGGCCGGGGCUGGCGUUUUGGGGAGUUCAUCCCCAACCUGCAGACGGGCGAGUGCCAGAUGGUGUCCGUGGAUGAGGAGGACGGCUCCAACGUCCUCUACUGCAACGCCCGCAGCCCCCUGGGCUUCAGGGUCCAGGCUCUGAGCACGGAUGAUGGGGCUGUCUUCCACGGGGGGCAGCUGGUCCAGCGCCUGGUCGAGCCUCCCCAUGGCUGUCACGGCAGCGUCGUCGGCUUCCCGGCGCCCUUGGUCUAUGUUCCCAGGGCCCCCCAGCACCCCGGGACAUCCCCCCGGGGCUCAGCUCAUCAGAUGCUCCCGAGGCCGGGGUACCUCCCCGGGGGCAGCAGCCAGACUCCAACCAAGCCGGGGGAGAGGGAAGGUGCCCUACCUGCCACCGGUGCCCCGGGGGACCCUGUGGUGACACCCAGCCCCGUUCCCUUCUUCCAAGCACCCACGUGGAUCCUCUACUCCCACCCCACCAGCUCCAUGUCUCGGGUCAACAUGGGGGUUCACCUCAGCACCUUCCCCAGGGACGCCGAGAGCUGGACGGAGCCGUGGGUCAUCUACGAGGGCCCCAGUGCUUACUCGGACCUGGCUUACAUGGAGCUGCCCUAUAACCAGGCCUCCAUCUCCGGGGGCCCCACCGUUGCCUUCGCCUGCCUCUACGAGAACGGGACACGCUCCCCCUACGAGCAGAUCUCCUUCAGCAUGUUCACACUCUACGACGUGCUGCAGAACAUCCCCCUGGCAGCCCCUGCCCCCCGGCACUACGGCAGCCCCCGGUGCAGACAGAAGCGGGGGCUGAGGGGCUGUCUGCUCUCAUAGUGCCCUCCUCCCCCUGCUGGGUUCCCCCCAGCCCCCCCCGGUGCUGGACCCUGGGGCACUGACCCAGAGUCUGGUGUGUCGGGACCCCCGCAGCCUGGGGUGCUGCCACCACAGCCACAGCACAAAUAGGUACAUGCCACUGUCCCCAAAACCGGGUUUUAUCUAAUU